UUAGCGAUAAGAUGUUUACGACACCUAUUAAGUUUCGGUUCCACUUUCUUUUCAGAAUAAGUGAAAUCACCAACCCUAACACAGUAACCAAGUCAUCUCUCUCUAGUAUAGCCUAACUAUGGACACAGAAGAACUGAUUUUAUGUACUCACUGCAAUAAAGAGGUGGCAAAGGCAAACUAUGACCUGCAUGAACCACACUGUAAAAGGUUUCUGUGCAAAUGCCCAGACUGCGAUGACACUGUCCCUCGAGAUCAGUUGGAGGAGCAUAAAACCGAACAGCACGCACAGGUAAAAUGUAAGAUGUGCAAUAAAAAGAUGGAGCGAAGGCAUCUGUUAGACCACGAGAAAGAUGAGUGCUCCGAAAGGCCUCAGAUCUGUGAGUUUUGUCAGCUCGAGCUUCCUCUGAGCAAUCUAAUAGAGCACAGAGUGUCCUGUGGGAGUCGCACGGAGCGCUGCUCAGACUGUGGCCUCUAUGUCAAAAUGAUGGACCAGCUAAAUCACGCACAGAUCUGCUCAACUACCACUCCUACAACAUCAAAGGACCUUGUCCCUGAAGAUAAUGCAUCUGACACUGAUGAGCCGACCAUGUUGCAAUGUCAGAAUUGUCUAAGAUACAUUCCCUCAGAAAACCUGAAGGAGCACCAGCUGAGUUGCAAACAGCGUUUACAGAAUACAGACAGCGAGGAUGAUGACUCAGAUGAAAACUUCAAAGCUGGAAAUGCCAGUGCUCCAGACGCUGCAGAUUUCUCCUUCUCAACAUUGCAAAAGACAAAGAGAGACAGAAACAUUGACACGGAGCUGGAUAAGAUAAGCACCUGUCCGCUCUGUCAUCUGGCUCUUCCUGUAAAGACACUUGAAUGGCAUGAGAAAAAAUGUGAAUUAUUCAAACAUCUAAACCUGGCAUGAUGGCUGGUGAAAGCAAGAGCAAGAUAUGGUGGCUGGAAACUGCAAACGUGCCAAUCAUCUCAAAUAAUGAAAAAUAAAAAAUUUAGUUGUGGAAAUAACAUACUGAGAUAGAUUGACAAUACAGUAACUAAAAAAGUUGCUGUUACAAUGCUUCUGUUAAAGGUGCUAAAGAGGAUGUUUUGUUUUAUACAUUUUUGCAAUAUUACUUGAAACUGUCUUUACUAACUGAUAAAAGACUAUUUAUUAGGUGCACUGAAAGUAAUAAUAUUAAUAUACAUCA